GGAUGCGGUAAAUGAAAAUAAAAAGCAUAUCCAAGAUGCUGGGUGGAUGCCCCUUGUAGAGCCAAAGAAUUUUAUUAUAUAUCAUGUCACAACAAGCAGCACGUCAAGAAAUUCAUGCUCUUUAUCGUAAUUAUUUACGUCUUGUACGCGAUUGGCCAGCAGAUAAAGUUCGACCUAACAGAGAUAUGAAGCAAAUCCUUACAACACGAGUAGAAGAAACCUUCCGAAAACCAUUACAGUAUGAAAACGAACCUUUCGACCUUGCUGAGGCUAAGAAACAAUUAGAUGCUCUUGAACGACUUUUAAACAAUGAAUUUAAACAAAAGUAUCCUUUAUCGGACAAAAUUCUUUCUCCAGCUGGUAAUCCCAAUUAUUACUCAUCUCUGUUAUCGUCUCUAAGUGCUACAAAAGAUGGAAAGAAGACUGGAAUAUCAAGAUUCUUUGGAAACUAGAAGACCAUGCAAACCAAACGACGAAUCAUUGUCACACACACACACAGAUAUUCAUAUAUAUACACACAUAUCUUUCAUUUUUUAUCAUUGAUUUUAUACAUGUACCCCUUUUUCAUCCUGUUGGAUUAAAUUUAGUAUAUCAUUUUUUUUUUAUCCAUUAUUUCUUACUUAUCUUUCCUUUCUUCCUCACAAUCAAUGUUUUUUUUUGUAUAAUAAACGAUCUAUAGCGCCUUUUUUCCCAGAAUGGAAUAUUAGGUUAAUAUUUUUUUCCCUCA